GACUGGGUGACCUUCCGGGUGGUAUUUAGACGGGAUGUUCCCAUCACUGCUGCCUGUUGCCGAGUGGAAAAAAAUUGGGAUCUCAGCCUCCACAGAGUGUUCAUCGUGCUGUGUUUUGUUUCCUUUCCUUUUCCUAAAGAAGAUGAACCAUGAGACCACAACCCUGAUAUCCUUGAAAGAAGCAAUGAAAAGAGUAGACAACAAGCUCCAAGCUCUAGACACACAGUUCAAAGACCUAGACAUCACCAAGAAUAACCUGACACUUCAAUUUGAACAGCAUAGCAAGACUUUGGCCAGCCAAGCAGUCCAAGAUGAGAUAUGGACAGCAGCUCUGGCCCUUGGGUUCACCUCAAUGGAACUGAAUAUUUUAUACAGCUAUGUCAUCGAGGUCCUUAUUUGCUUGCACACUCGAAUGCUUCAGAAGCUCCCAGACCUGGUGAGAAGUCUUCCGACCUUAGCCUCUGUCCUUAGAAGAAAAGCCAAGAACAAGCAUGUUAGGAUCGUGUGGGAGUCUGUCCUGGAGGAGUAUGGGCUGCAAGAGAGAGAUGUCACAGCACUCUGUACCUUCUUCCUUGUACAUGGCAACAAAGGAGAGCACUAUGCUGCGAAUGUAAGACAGAUGUACAUCAAGGAUGUUUCCUUCAUGAUCACCAACAUGGUAAAGAACCAGGCUCUACAGGAUGGUUUGCUUAGAGCUGUUCAAAUCAUCGAGGAGGGGAAAGCAGCACAGACCCCUGAAAACUCAAGGGCACCCCUAAAAGAGUUGAUGCCCCCAGUUAAAGACUAACCUGUUACCUUUGACCCAGCCAUUCCACUUUCAGUAAAAACAAAAAAAUGCAUA